AUGGAGGAAUCUUCAAAUUCUCGAUCAGAAUCUGAGAUUUCAAAAAAGUUUAAUUCAGAUGAUUCUUAUGUUCCUCUAAAUUUUAGUCCCUCAAUCUUCAUAACUGAUGAGGUUAUAGAUGAGAGUGUUAAUGAAUGGAGGUUUAGUUUGAUCGGUAGAUUGUAUUUCGUGAAAUUGAAAAUUUCAGUUGCAGAAGCAAGUUUAAGGAAACAAUGGAGUCUCACAGGUAAAUGUCAGUUUAUUCCUAUCGGCAAAGAUUUCUUUAUCAUUAAACUAGAGAAUCAGGUUGAUAUGAAAUAUGUAUAUGAAGGAUUCUGGGAAGUUGAAUCUCAAUACCUGAAACUCAUAUUCUGGGAGAGAGAUCUCAAACCAGAACAACAAAAAUCUUCAAGUGCUUUUGUUUUUUUGUUAUUUCCUGGUCUUAGUAUUGAGCAUUGGAAAGAAGAUAUUCUUAUGUCCAUGGGUAGGGAAAUUGGUAGACCAAUUAGAGUAGAUCCUACAACUUUAAAACAAGAAAUUGGUUACUAUGCAAGUAUUUUAGUGGAAAUUGAUCUAUCAAAUGAAAUUCCUAACAAGCUAGUGGUUGAAUCAAAGUACUGUAAAUUUGAGCAAGAUAUUAGAACUUCCAAACUUCCUAAGUUCUGUAGUAAAUGUAAGAUUGUGGGGCAUUUGGUCACUGAGUGCAGAGUGGCAAGGAAAUAA